AUGAACCGCGAGCGCCGCUCGUCUUUCAGCGCGCUCUUCGGCAUAGUCGUGAGCAGCGAAGACCGCAACCGCUUCCUAGUCGAUCACUCGACCGGUGAAAUGGACAAGGUCUUCGGCACGAUCUUGCUCCCAUCUAUCAUGAAGACCAAGGAUGACGUGCGCAAGUGUCUCAAUCGCUACUACGGCCCCGAUGUUGCAUUCUACCCCUUCCGUAUCCUUCAAGCAUUCGUCGACUACCAGGUCUGGUCACGGAAGAGUGACCGCGAGAUCGAUGGUUUCACGGACCCGUACAGCAUUGAGACGGACCUCGAGAUACUUGAGCGCGAGGCACCACAGUUCCCCAGGUUUGGCGACGCGUUUUCGUAUGUGCGACAGAGAGGUGGAAUUGGCCAGUCACGCGUCAUCCCCAUGAGGUAUCCGCCCCAGUGGACCCUCGACAAGGAGCUUAGGGCGAUCCGACCUGUCAGCGGGGCUGGGUCGCGUCUUUACAGCCCCACCACCAACGACAGCAACCCUCGCCGUAUUUCCCUCACCAUGUCGAUGAGCGACAAGGACCCCGGCGCCUUCGACGUCAACGAGUUUGGCCUUCGCCGUCCGGGUAGCCUCGACGAACAGCUACUAAGCCACACGGACAGUAACAAAUUCCAGCGUGAAGGCGCCCCAUCGCCUCCAACCUCCCCGCGACGCUGGGAGGUGAACAUCGUGGACGCGAGCAACCCCACCACGCACUUCCCCUCUGCUCCUGCCUCGCCGGCUCCCUCUGGCCGCAACCUCGAGCAUCAGCACGGGGACGACUGGACUCUGGACCUAGAGCGCCAGCUCUCUCUCAACACGGCAGAAAGCUCGACCUACUCAACCCUCGACACGCCCACGACGGACGACGCAGACCUCUUUGCGGCGCGUAUCUCCCUUUCCAAGAGCCUGGGCAUCACCCGGGCCGCCGAGACGCCCAUCGACGGCUCCUCCCCAUCCGUCAUCAAGCCCAAGACCAACCGCGCGGCAACCUGGGUGGGCGUCGGUUCCUCCCUCAACCGCUACGCCCUCCUCAACCGCACCCGCACCGAGGCGGGCACGUCGUCCACCGCGGCCAACGGUCACCGUUUCUCCCGCUCUCUCUCGGGUCUGAUCAGGAAGAUCCCCUCGUCGUCCAAGGAGCGUAGCCCUCAGGCAACUGAGGCCGAGCUUGCCCCUCUGUCACCCAACCUGUCCCACGCUCUUUCGCUCCCCCGCGGCGGUCGCGACCGUCACAUGCGCUCCAGUACCAACCUCGACAAGCCGGCCCCACCCGAGGGUGCCGCCGUCGCCACCAAGGAGUUCGGCCUGUAG